AUGACAGCUAUACGGCUAAAAAAUUCCCCUGGCUGCCGUAUUUCAUUUUUGGUUGGUGUAGCCAGCUUCUUUGCUUCUAUCGAAAUGUAUUCACGUGUGUGUUGCCUCCAUCUCUGCACCUUGACUUCCUAUUGGCAGACGCUUCUCCUGGCCAGACUUGUAUCUCUCACCCAGAUGCACGCGCAGUUUGGUCUAUUGGUCUGCACGCUUGUCUAUCCUUUGCUUUCAUGGUGCGCUGGAAAUAAACCACCUGUUGAUAUUAGUGGUACCGUCGUUUCUGCUGCUAGCUGCUGA